AUGCUUAUUUUAGACAAGGCAGCGCGGAUCGACGUUUACGAUCUGGCGAGUGCAGAAUUCUUCGAUUUCUUCCGUCCUUACCUUGAUUGGCAUUUGAGAGAGGUAAGGACGGAAGAAAUCAAAAAAUUGUUCACCAUUCCAAUCUAUGGUUCUCACUUAAGUGCCAACAGAUUUGUGGUUGUUUAUUAUUCCGCAUUUCCACCACCCUCACAAAUGCUCGUGAACAUGGGCCACACUGUGCUCAUGCCUUUCGUCGCUAAAAGUCCUUGUCUGCUUUCUCAACUUCACAGAAUGGCUUUGACUGAAGCGUUCCUUUGUGUGUAUUCCACAAAUACUGGAAUCAUAGAAAACAGCAGAUUUGCACUUUCACGGGAAUGA